GACAGGUGGAAACGGUUGUCUCGUUGUAGAGUAAUUUCUUUUUAGUUCAAAUCAUAGAAGUUAUGGCAUCAGUUGUCGUGUCCAGUCUUGUGUGUCUUUUAUGUGUGAUCCUGCCCCCGGCUGUGUGGGCUGAUAACUGUAGUGGCUACUGGGACACCAAUGGUCACUACUAUGACCCUCAGCAAUGUGGCACUCGAUACUGCUGUGGAAACUGCAACAGUAAAUACUGUUGCAGUGAAAAAGAAAAUCGUCUACCUGAAGAAAAACAAGAACUCUGUUCUAUGAGGUCCAGUUAUGGGAAAAAAAGCAAAAUUGCUAUUCUUCUUGGAAGCAUCAUAGGGUCUAUUAUUCCCAUUAUCCUCUGUGUGUCUCUUAUCAUCUGCUGUGUGGCACCUUGCUGCUUGUGCUACAAAAAGUGUUGUCGAAAAGGACGCAACCGAAGUAGGACACACACUUCUCAUGUUGUGAUGACCACUCUGACACCAGCCAACACACCCCAGCAGCCAGUCUUACCCUCUGGAUAUCAGCCGUCCUACCCGGGUUACCAGUCUGUACCUGUGCAGUCGGGAUAUGAAGGCCCGCCUGUGCCCACAGCACCACCACCACCAUCAUACCUGGAAUCUGAGGCUGAUCCAGCUUACUCUCCAGGUAUGUUCACUCCCGGACAGCCGUCGUACCCUUUUCAACUCCAACCGUACACAUUGCCGCCACAUUCGGCUGAGCUUGCACAGCCUCCUUACAACCCUUCCUAUGAUAUGGCACCAUCAAGUUUCUUUUCUCCGGAUAAUGCACCAAUUUUUGUAGCUAUUGGAUUUACCAUCUUUUUGCUCAUUUUCAUCUGCUUUUGUGUCUUUCACUGCUACCGCCAGCACAAAUUAUGCUGCAAGCCCCGACCUACUAUCAACAACAUCACUCCUCAGCACUACCCCCAGCAGCUAAAUGUAUCACCCUUUCUGGGGCUCCAGAAUGCACUCUUCCAGUCUGCACUAGUCCAGUCGGGUUAUGGAAGCCAGCCUAUGCAACAGGGCUGCGAGCCUCAGCCCAUGCUGACAAUGCCCUACCUGGGACAACCUUUCACACCGGGACCAUUACCGACAUAUCAGGAAGCCAUCGAUCCUACCCACCCUCCCAAUCCAAAGCCUGACAGUCAGGCUGCGUUCAACCCCAGCCAGCCAUCGUGCCCUCUACAGCCUCCUGUGCAGCCGCCGCAGCCCAACGCUCCACCUGCCCAACCAGACUUCCUUGCCCAGCCAGCAUAUAACCCGGAUUAUGUUGCACCACCACCGAAGACUGGAUAUUGAACCACAGUGACAAACUCUCAGCCUCUUAAAGUGUGCUGCAACAUUUUGGAACUUGGCAGAGCUGGAAAUGUGAAACUCGAAUAGAGAUGCGAGUUGCUUUUGAGCAUCUUGAUUCAUGUGUCUCGAUGGUUAAAUAUGAGAAUGUGUGCAUGUUGAAUUUUGCAGCUCAUGUAGUGCAUCUGUUCUGUUAAAGAAGUGCCAAGUGAAAAUGUUGAUACCAUGUUGUCAUAACCAUAGACUUUUUUUUUUUUUACUGAAAAAGUGCUUUGAACCUUUUUUCAUACACUUUCUAACUUUUUCUCUAUUGUUCCUAGUGCUUUGGAAAGUGUAUAAAGCAUUAUAUGUGUUAUAUGUUCCCAUUGAAGGAUUUAUGGUGGAUAUGAUUUAUGUCAUUGCCAGCGAGUGAAUACGAUGUGUUCAGGGAAAAAAGUGUUCUAUUAACCUCCCAGCAAAAAGGAACAUUCAUCCUGUUAUAUGUAACCUGCAGAUAUAAAAGUUCAGUGGCUGCAAUAAGAGAAAGAGUGCAUGUCCCAAUGCCUCAACUCACUGCCCAUAAAUGUUCUGUAAAUAUACCAUAAGGCUAAACUCUACCAAAAUGAGAAACAUUGU